AUGGAAGAAAGCAACAACUCAAGCGUGGUGGAUUUCCCUGAAAACUUUAUAGACCAACUCUUGUGGGAGGACUGCAGGGAAGAAGGGGAUGCAUCGCUAUGGUCAACAUUAGGGUUGAAGGAGAGGGUGACUUGCGCCAUGGGGCACCUGCAAGAGAUGAUGGGAGGAGAGAAAGAGUUGCUGAUUCAGCUGUGGGUUCCUGUGGAGAGAGGGAGGAGAAGAGUGCUAAGCACGGAAGAGCAGCCUUACUCGCUCUCCCAGAGCCAGAGCUUGGCCCUCUACCGAGACAUCUCAGCAGGCUACAGCUUUGCAGCAGAGGUUGGAUCUGACCAGCUAGUGGGACUCCCUGGGCGUGUGUUCCUGAAUAGGAGGCCUGAGUGGACCCCAGAUGUUCGCUUCCUCAGGAGUGAGGAGUAUCUUCGCAUCGGAUACGCCCACAGGUAUCAGGUUCGAGCCUCCCUCGCUCUUCCACUCUUCCAAGGGCCUUCUGGUAACUGCUUGGGGGUGUUGGAGAUGGUCACCACUCACCCCAGCUUGGAGUAUGGCUCCCAACUUCACACCAUCUGCCAUGCUCUUCAGGCCUUUGAUCUCUGGAGUUCAGAAACCUCCAUCGUCCCAACCUCUCUCAAGCCUCACUCCGACGACCCUGACGGUUUUAAUCAGAGGCCGAUCAUUGAUUCCCUAGCCUCCCAACUCAGCCUACGCUUCCAGAGCUCACCGCAUCUGAUGGUAGACGAUCAACUCGAAGAAGAAGUCAAGGACACACACACAACAGAUCACUCUAGCGAACAGCUUGUAGCAGAGGACUCAUCACCGUGGAUGUCACGCAUGUCCCCCAAGUCUGUCUCUUGGGAGAUGAAGCUGGGUGAAGGAGUGAUAGAACCUUCUUUGUCUUCUUCUUCUUUGGAAAGCAGAAAGCGAAAAACAAGGGCUGAAAAGGAUAUCACUCUUGAUAAUCUCAGACAACACUUUGCUGGCAGCCUCAAGGACGCUGCUAAAAACAUUGGUGUAUGUCCAACGACCUUGAAGAGGAUAUGCAGACAACACGGAAUCUCAAGGUGGCCAUCGAGAAAGAUCAAGAAAGUAGGACAUUCUCUUCGUAAACUGAAGGUGGUGAUGGACUCUGUUGAAGGAGUUCAAGGUUCUCUCCAUCUAGCCUCCUUCUACUCAAGCUUCCCUCAACUUUCUUUACCUUUGCUUGAUCCUAAACCCAAAACUGUCCAUUUUCCCGCGAAGUCACCGCCUUCUUCUUCAUCAGGUUCAAGCACAUGUUGCUCCUCCGAAGAGAAACAGCUAGGUGGCUUCCACCAACCAGCUCAGCUUCUUACCUUAAGCAGCCUGAAGAAGGAUGAGCAGAGGGCAGUUCGUGGGACCUCAUCCCUACCCCCAUUGCCAUCCGCAAGGAAAGCAAAGGAGGAUGGAAUGAAAGUGAAUGUUGUGUUUGGUGAUUCCAAGAUGAGGAUGAGCCUGAAACACCACUGGGGUAUUGCAGACCUGAGAAGAGAGAUAGCAAAGGGGUUUGGGAUGGAUGGUGAUGCUUUGACAAGUAACUUCAGUCUCAAGUAUAUGGACGAUGAUGAAGAGUGGGUUCUGUUGACGUGCGACGCUGAUCUUGAGGAGUGCAUCCAAGUCUACAAGUCCUCUCUUUAUAAAGAGACCGUCAGAAUAUCUGUCUCUUCCUUGCUUUGAUAUUUUUUUUUUUUUAAAGUAAAUCUUAAACCCUCUUGAUGGCCAAUUCCAUCUAAUUACUUUGGCUUGGUUUGCUGAUCUUUUUUUGUUUGCAUAUUCCGUUUGAACAAAAUGUAUUAAUUAGUUGUUGGCAUCUUGUAAUCUUCUGG